AGGUGCAAAGCUUCUUCGGUUGUAAACAAGAAAGUGCUGGAUUAGAGGGAAAAAACAUGGUGUUUUGCAGCCAAACUUGAAAGGAAAACAUUCAGACGGUUAUGUUUUCUGCAGUGCAUUUGACUGGGACAGAAAUAAACCCAAGUCCUGGACUCAGUUUAUGCAAAAACCUUGGCAUGAACAGGCAGGUUUUUACAGAAACUUGAACAACUGGUUCAUUCUGUAAACACAGCCACAAAAAAAAAAGCCUGCAAAAACAGAAAAUAUCUCGGGCAGAAAUGUAACAUAUGUUUGCUGCUUUUGUCAGCUCUCAAAAAUGGAAGCUGAGGAGUCACCAUGUGGGGGUAAUGGACGGUCAGCGGCAGGUCCGUCGGCGCAGAGCGAUCUUGCGGCGCCCUCUGCAGGCAUCGACAGUCUGCUGCAGGAUGGCUUCACUUCUCUGGACACCGGCAGUGACAGAGUCGUUCAGCCUUUCCCACGUUCUCCUAAGCUGCAGAGGAAGGUGGCCAAAGCUGCACAGCCCUCUCAGGAACAGUUAAGCAGACGUAUGGAGGAGCUGCAGGCGGAGAAAUCCAAGACGGAGGCUCAUAUCGAGUCACUGAAGAAACGCAAAGCAGAUCUCUCUAGGACCUCCGAGGUGAUGAAGCAGCAGGUCCGAGAGCGCUUUGAGAACAUGCGGCGCGUCCUGAAGCAGGACGAGCAGGUGGUCCUGGACUCUCUGGAGCUGGACCUGAAGCAGACCAGGACCAGGCUGGACCAGGUUCUGAAGAACUGGAAGCAGCACCAGGACCAGGUCGGCGAGAGCAUCGGCAGCAUCCAGAGAGCUCUGAGCAGGAGCCCCGAAGCAGAGGCAGACGGGAAGGGCUACUCUGAGAACCUGAGUCCCAAGAAGCCGGACGCAUCUGAGAGGGAAAUCCGACUGAAUAAAGACAGAUUCGAGAGGCUUCUUAAAACCCUCUCCUCCAUCUCCAAAAACCUGAAGGCCCAGUUACAGAGGAAGACGCUACUGCUGGACACCGCUUCCACUGUGAUUGACAGGCAGACUUGCCAUUCCCAGCUCAUGGUGACCUCAGAGGGGCGUGGCUUGUCGUUCUCCGGCUCCGCCCCCUCGGCUCCAGAGCAUCCUCUCCAGUUUGAUAAGGUGUGCUGCGCUCUGGGCUCCUCUCCCAUCUCAGCCGGUCAGAGCUACUGGGAGGUGGACGUGCGCUGCUGCUCGGCCUGGGCGGUGGGCGUGGCCUACGGCAGCCUGGCGAGAAAGGGGCGGGACAAGGGCGCCAAACUGGGCCGGAACCGCAACUCGUGGUGCGUCGAGCUCCGCCACGGGAAUCUAUCGGCUUGGCACAACGACCGGAACGUGGCGUGUCACGGCGUGGGGCAGGGCCCACUGGGCAGAGUGGGAGUGUGGGUGAAUUACGACAAAGGCCAGCUGAUGUUCUACGACGCCGAGAACAUGGUCGUCCUGCAGAAGUUCUCGGCAGCCUUGACGCCGGUGUUCGACAGAGCUCAUCACCAGUUCACUCAGCCUCUGUAUCCGGCUGUGCGCUUCCUCAGACCACCACAGAACCAGGUCUGGCCAAACCACCUGGAGUUUUGCCCCCUCAGCUCCCCGUGAUGUAGUUUUAAUCCAGAGACAACGAUGUGGACGAUCUAAGCAAUCACGUUUAAGAAGCUCCCAGCCAUCAAACAAACAGCUCAGGCUAACAGUUUCGGAGCACGAGCUUCGACAAAAUGAUCAGGCCACUCUUGUUUUCUUCAAUUUCUUGUUCAUUUUAAUGCCUGGUACAACUAAAGGUACAUUUGUUUGGACAAAUAUAAUGAUUUUGACAAUAAUAGCUCAUGAAAGUUUAAUUUCAGAGCUGAUA